CUCGGCCGUUCCUCCGAGUCCCCUUCCACCAACCCCCCCCCACUCUCCCUCCCCAUGGGAUCAUUCAGGAGCAGCACCGUCAUCUGUUUGGUCUGCAGGAUAUUCUAUUAUCCUGUGCGCCCCCUUUUUUUGUUAUUCGCCUAGUGCAGGGAUCAGUAUUUGCCUGCUCGGUCAAUGUCCAGCCAUUCUUGGUUUUGGCACUGCACCUAUGACUGACCUGCCGGCUCAACCGGCCUACUCUUGAACCACCCCGGCGAAUGCGCGGAGCAGCUUGCUAAAUUGAGAUCCGGUCUCUGCGGAACUAAAAUACUUAGGACUGUCUAGAGACGAAGAACCAGUCGAAACGCGUUCGCAUCAGCUCAAUCAAUCGUAUCGGGCAACGUGUCUCCUGUUUUAAGAUGUUUUCGCAACGGCGCAUGAGGCUUUUGGCCAUUGCCGUAGUAAUGAUGGUCGUCAUGGCCUUCUACUAUUCGAGCGAAGCGCGGAGUGUCCAGAACCAACGAUUCUAUCGCUCGACUGUGGCCGCGAUGGAGGCUCGAAAACAAGCCAAAGAGGCGGAAUCUGCAGCGAACAUUCCGAUUCAAAAAGAGCGGCCUAGUUGGAAUGGUGCCAAGGAAGAGGUGAAGGCCGUGUCGGACAACGACAGGGAAGCACCGGCUAUUCCCAAAGCCAAUGUCGCGGACGACGUGGAAGAGAUCCCGAUCGCAGGCCGGACGAAGAUAACCGUCCCUAAAAACCGAAACGAUCCAGAGAAAGAGAAACCUGUCCAGGUCCAGGCGCCGGAGCAGCCCGAGGCCGAUAAUCAUGCGAACGCGGUGGCUGAGCUGAAUGGGAUAUUGAAACGGGCCCCCAUUAUUAUCUUUUCGAAAUCCUACUGCCCCCACAGCGCCAGAGCGAAGUCCAUCCUGCUGGAGAAGUACUCGAUCGUCCCCGCGCCAUUUGUGGUGGAAUUGGACCAGCAUGAGCUGGGCCAACCGCUGCAGACUUUACUGGGGGAGAAUACCGGCCGCCGCACUGUCCCAAACGUGUUGGUCAAUGGGAAAAGCAUUGGAGGAGGGGACGAUGUGGCGGCACUCGACCAAAAGGACGAAUUGGCAUCAACAUUGAAAAGUUUGGGUGGGAAGUGGGUCCAAGAAGCCCGCCGCAAAGAAUGAAGCGACUAUCUACUAGUACUAGACUUGGAUGUAUGUGUUUCUAAGCUGCCAGAACAGGGCCUUGUUGGCAAAGGAUUGGUUCCAUGGGGGUUUGUGCGUUUCGCAUUCUCAGUAGGAGUAUAGAUAUAUCAACCAUUCCCAAGCAUUUAGUGAACUUGGUAAUAAU